CUAUAUUAUUUAUCUUAUAAAAUUGUGAACGUUUGUUCUUUCUCGUAUCCUUAAUUACGGCUAUCUGAAUUAUUGGAGUUGAAAUAACAAAGAUAUUUACUUAAAAUCAUCAUUGAAAAUAAAAAGCGCUGCAACUGAUUUUAUUGAUUGCAUUUCCCGGGUGAAGGGACUACGGCGCAUGCUUGAAAAUUUGUCGGAAAAUUCGCGACAGCGGCUGCAAAGGUAUCGUAACUCUUGUAACUGUACUAUUUAUUAAUCUGCUAAAAUGGGUAAGGAGAAGACUCAUAUCAACAUCGUUGUGAUUGGUCACGUGGACUCUGGCAAGUCGACUACCACCGGCCACCUCAUCUACAAAUGCGGCGGCAUCGACAAGCGAACGAUCGAGAAGUUCGAGAAGGAGGCCCAGGAGAUGGGCAAGGGCUCCUUCAAGUACGCCUGGGUUCUGGACAAGCUGAAGGCGGAGCGCGAGCGUGGUAUCACCAUUGACAUCGCGCUUUGGAAGUUCGAGACGGCCAAGUAUUACGUCACCAUUAUUGACGCGCCCGGCCACAGGGACUUCAUCAAGAACAUGAUUACCGGCACCUCGCAGGCGGACUGCGCCGUGCUGAUCGUGGCGGCGGGCACGGGCGAGUUUGAGGCGGGCAUCAGUAAGAACGGUCAGACCCGCGAGCACGCGCUGCUCGCCUUCACGCUGGGCGUCAAACAGCUCAUCGUGGGCGUCAACAAGAUGGACUCCACCGAGCCGCCCUACCACGAGGCGCGCUACGAGGAGAUCAAGAAGGAAGUUUCCUCUUACAUCAAGAAGAUUGGAUACAAUCCGGCGACCGUGGCAUUCGUGCCGAUCUCCGGCUGGCACGGCGACAACAUGCUUGAGCCGUCUGAUAAGAUGCCUUGGUUCAAGGGGUGGACCAUUGACCGCAAGGACGGCAAGGUCGAGGGCAAGUGCCUCAUUGAGGCUCUGGACGCGAUCCAGCCCCCGUCGCGGCCGACUGAGAAGCCGCUGCGUCUGCCGCUGCAGGACGUGUACAAGAUCGGCGGCAUCGGCACAGUGCCCGUUGGCCGCGUCGAGACCGGCAUCCUCAAGCCGGGUAUGGUGGUGGUGUUCGCUCCGGCCGCCAUCACAACCGAGGUGAAGUCUGUGGAGAUGCACCACGAGGCGCUGCCCGAGGCCAUGCCCGGAGAUAACGUGGGCUUCAACGUCAAGAACGUUUCGGUGAAGGAAUUACGCCGCGGAUACGUAGCCGGAGACUCUAAGAACUCUCCCCCCAAGGGAGCCUCCGAUUUUACUGCUCAGGUGAUCGUGCUGAACCACCCGGGGCAGAUCAGCAACGGCUACACGCCAGUGCUGGACUGCCACACGGCGCACAUCGCAUGCAAGUUCGCUGAGAUCAAGGAGAAGUGCGACCGUCGUACCGGCAAGACGACGGAGGUGGAGCCGAAGUCGAUUAAGUCUGGUGACGCGGCGAUCGUGACGCUGGUGCCGACCAAGGCUCUUUGCGUCGAGUCGUUCCAGGAGUUCCCGCCUCUCGGCCGCUUUGCCGUGCGUGACAUGCGCCAGACUGUCGCCGUCGGCGUCAUUAAGAGCGUGACUUUCAAGGAGGUGACCACAGGUAAAAUCACCAAGGCCGCCGAGAAGGCGCAGAAGAAGAAAUAACUAUGGGGCACAUCAAUCAUUGUGCUGCAGCCGGUAGCGAUCGCCUGCAACAUUGCGCCACCCCCCUCUCCCCUCUCUGUCCCCUCUGCCCCCUCGUUCCGUGUUGUCAAUGCCCCCGCUGCGGUGUGCGCGGGCGGCGGCGCGGUGCGCGCAGCUGGCGGUCGCUCCGGCGCAUCGGUCAUCACCGAGCCCUCACUAUCGUUGUCGUCUCCCUAUGUCAACAAUCAUAGCUUCUUCACUGGUGACAUCACCUCCCCCCGUAUUACGUGCAUUUAUCGUAGCGAGAUGUGUUUAAAGUUAAUUCGUUUUAGUUACGCUUAUGUGUUAAGUUUAUGUAUUUGUGAUUACUUUAGUCGUAAGUUACUCGCCAAGUUUGAGUUCCCGCACUUGAAAGCUCGUUACGUUUUAUUCUUUCAUCGGAAAGAGUUUAGAAGGAAAGGCAACGGCUCCAUUAUUGGAUUUUUAAACCGUUUCACUACGUCGUGCUCGUUCACUUGUUACCUUGUCUAAAUUUAAUGUUCGUUAUAAAUACUCAGUUUGUCCUUUAGAAGAUUCAUUUUUUUUGUUAGUUGGUAACUUCAAGUUUUGUUCGUUUCAUUUCUUUGUAAUAAUUUUAUUUCAAAGAUGUUAACAAUACUUUUUAAGAGCGUUAUUUUCUUACGGUAGAGGAUAUGUUAGAGAUUUAAGAGUAAAGCAAAACAUCAGAGUGUAUAAAAUGAGAGGGUCGGUUUAGAACCGGAUCCCUUUAGUUGAUUUAGCAGUACGAUUUUAAAACGUUGAAAACGUUGGUUAAAAAUUUUGAAGUACGAGUAAAGAGUGUAGGCAACGUGAUUUUUGUUCCUAACCUGUUUCUUUGUGAAACUAAAUUUAUUUGGCGUUGGAAUUUUAUGUCAGUGUAAAGGUUUAAACAUUCAAUUUAAAUAGGCCGUAUUAUAUUAGGUUUUAUAUUAUAUAUUUCAUAGGUAUGAAGAAACUUGAAACUCAUUUUAAGCUAAAUGUAUCUUUGUAAUUUUUUCAAUAAUUUUUGUAAAGACCUUAAUCCUGAUAAAACCAAUAAAGAAGCUACUGGUAA